UUCGCUACUAACGAAACACCCUCCGAUAACACCUGGGGAUUAUAUAGUGGGGGACAGGAUGUAACCCCCUCCGCUAGUAGCGGAUACCGUCUUUCACCGCCACUCUCCCGACGAUCCUCCCUCCGCCCACAAUCUUCUCUUAUAAUAAACUCUCGCUCCUUUUCUUUCCUCCGCCAACCCAACCGCCGUCCUACUUCCUCUGGUCAACCCCUAACCUCACCGAUGGCCACCUCUGCUGCUAGAGACGACGACGACUCCACUGUCGCUUUCCCUCUCUCUGCCCCCAGUGUCUUGAAGAUCAAUAAAGGAGACAUCACCAAGUGGUUCGUCGAUGCUUCCUCCGAUGCCAUUGUUAACCCUGCAAAUGAGAGAAUGCUUGGAGGCGGUGGUGCAGAUGGAGCUAUUCAUAGAGUUGCUGGACCAGAACUGCGUGAAGCUUGCUUUAAGGUCCCUGAAGUAAGGCCUGGUAUCCGCUGUCCAACAGGAGAAGCAAGGAUUACCCCGUAUGCUCUUGCUUUGGUGCUUUAAAAGGCUUCAAAUUGCCAGCAUCCCAUGUCAUUCACACAGUAGGCCCUAUCUAUGACACCGAUAACAACCCUAAAGCCUCCCUGACGAGCGCAUAUAGGAACAGUUUGAUUGUUGCCAAAGAUAAUAACAUUAAGUACGUUGCGUUCCCAGCAAUAUCUUGUGGUGUCUACGGGUAAGAUUGGCCCUCUUCGAUACACAUUUGCCUGCCUUACCUUGUUCUUCAUGUUCCUGGAUGAGAUAUAGAAAUUUGAUGAAUGACAAAGUUUGGUUUGUCCUUGAGUUUCUACACUGAUGAGGAACCAGCUCUGCUAGGAAUUGAUUAGAGCCAUGACAAGUAUCUUUUUGAAGAAGCUGCUGAUGUGGCUAUAUCUACGAUCAAGGAAUUUCCAAAUGACUUCAAAGAGGUGCAUUUUAUCUUGUUCUCGGAUGACAUCUACGCUGUUUGGGUGAAGAAGGCAAAGGAAUUGCUCCAAGGAUAAUAAGUGUGCAAAGAUGUGCUAGUUGUUUAGACAUCCUCUUUGAAGUUCUCGCAUCCUAUCAGUAGUAAUAGACAGUGCAGAAUGUGGAAAUUCGAGGGUACUGAUUUGCAUUGAUGUGACGAAGGAUGUUCCGUGAUUUCAGGGGUUUGGGUGCGUUGGUGUUUUUGCCGACUCUUGUACGUUAAUGACCUAUUUUAUGUAACCCUAGUCUUAUAAUACAAGUUUGCAUGUUUGAUCAACUAAGAUACUCGGCGAAUUAUAAACUAAGGUAUUGGCAUAUAAGCAAUUAA